AUGACCAUCUCCUACACACUCAAAGUUGCCAACUCCCACUUCGGGGGCUUCUCCAAGCUGCUCUUCCGCUGGAAAGGCAGCAUCUACAAGCUGCUCUACAAGGAGUUCAUCGUCUUCGUGGUGCUCUACACGGUGCUGAGCCUCGUGUACCGGUGCCUGCUGACCGCGGAGCAGAAGCGCCUCUACACUAAGGUGGCUCAGUACUGCAACCGCUCCACGGACCUCAUCCCCAUCUCGUUUGUGCUAGGUUUCUAUGUCACCCUGAUCGUGAACCGGUGGUGGGCCCAGUACACGAGCAUCCCGCUGCCCGACCAGCUCAUGUGCGUCAUCUCCAGCAACGUCCACGGCAAGGACGAGAGGGGCCGGAUCUUGCGGCGCACCCUGAUCCGCUAUGCCAACCUCUCAGCCGUGCUCAUCCUCCGCUCCGUCAGCACCCGGGUGCUCAAGAGGUUCCCCACCAUGGACCACGUGGUGGAAGCUGGUUUCAUGACGCAAGACGAGCGCAAGAAGUUUGAGAGCCUCCACUCGGACUUCAACAAGUACUGGGUGCCCUGCGUGUGGUUCACCAACCUGGCCGCCCAGGCGCGGCGGGAGGGCCGCGUGCGCGACGACGUGGCGCUCCGCUUGCUCAUGGACGAGCUGAACCUCUACCGGGCCAAGUGCAGCAUGUUGUUCCACUACGACUGGAUCAGCAUCCCUCUGGUGUACACACAGGUGGUCACCAUCGCCGUCUACUCCUUCUUCGCCUUCUGCCUCAUCGGGCGGCAGUUCCUGGAGCCCCUGGAGCCGGGGCAGGAAGAGGAGCUGGACAUGUAUGUGCCCCUCUCCACCCUCCUGCAGUUCUUCUUCUACGCCGGCUGGCUCAAGGUGGCAGAGCAGAUCAUUAACCCUUUUGGGGAAGAUGACGAUGAUUUUGAGACCAACAAGCUGAUAGACCGGAACUUGCAGGUGUCCCUGCUGUCCGUGGAUGACAUGUACCAGAACCUGCCACCGGCCACGAAGGACAAAUACUGGAACGAGCCCGCAGCACAGCCCCCCUACACCAUGGCCACGGCUGCCGAGACCUUGAAGCCCUCGUUCCUGGGCUCCACCUUCGACAUGCGCAUGUGCGAGGACCUGGAGCAGAGCCAGCCGGUGGAGGCCCUGCCGAGCUCGCCGCGGAUCCACACACCCCUGCUCACCCGCGCGGACAGCGGCUCCCCAUCGCCUCACCCCAACCGCCCCGAGGACCCCGAGGCCGUGGCCGCCAUCGAGGAGGAGGACACGGGGGAUGAGGAAAGCCAGGCCAGUGAGUCCCUUAUGCCUGGUGGUCACCUGAAAGGCCUCCGGCUGCCGGGGGCCUCUGAAGAGCAGAAGAAGGAGCUGCCACAGAUCCUGGUGAAGGCACCGUCCAGCGAGAGCCUCAGCACAGACCGGCAGGAUGCUCUGGAGCUGCCAUGA